CGCCCGGUGUCUUAAGAGCCUCACUGUUUUGUGUUUUUUUCAUUCACCGUUGCCCGCGUCUUUUAUUCGGUUGUGUUCUGCCUGCUGCUCGUCUAAGACCUGAAUCCUUGCGAGAAUGUCGAAGCCUAACUACAAAGUUGCCGAUAUCAACCUGUCGCCAUGGGGACGCAAGGCCAUCAUCAUCGCGGAGAACGAGAUGCCCGGUCUGAUGGCAGUUCGGCGCAAGUACGGUCCCACCAAGAUCCUGCAUGGAGCCCGCAUCGCCGGCUGCCUGCACAUGACCGUCCAGACGGCCGUCCUCAUCGAAACCCUCGUUGAACUGGGCGCCAAGGUCCAAUGGUCCAGCUGCAACAUCUUCAGCACCCAGGAUAAUGCUGCCGCAGCCAUUGCAGCCGCCGGAGUGCCUGUGUACGCCUGGAAGGGCGAGACUGAUGAGGAGUACAAUUGGUGCAUUGAACAGACUCUGGUCUUCCCCGAUGGACAGCCCCUGAAUAUGAUCCUGGACGAUGGCGGCGAUCUGACCAACCUGGUCCACGAGAAAUUCCCCCAGUAUCUGAAGGGAAUUAAGGGACUGAGCGAGGAGACGACCACUGGCGUGCACAACCUGUACAAGAUGUUCAAGGAGGGCCGCCUGGGCAUUCCGGCCAUCAACGUCAACGAUUCGGUGACCAAGAGCAAGUUCGACAACCUGUACGGCUGCCGUGAGUCCCUGAUCGAUGGCAUCAAGCGUGCCACGGAUGUGAUGAUAGCAGGCAAGGUGUGCUGCGUUGCCGGUUACGGUGAUGUGGGCAAGGGCUGUGCCCAGGCUCUGAAGGGAUUCGGUGGACGUGUCAUCGUUACCGAAAUCGAUCCGAUCAAUGCUCUGCAGGCGGCAAUGGAGGGCUAUGAGGUGACCACCAUGGAGGAGGCUUGCAAGGAGGCCUCGAUCUUUGUGACCACAACCGGCUGCCGUGACAUCAUCACCGGCGAGCACCUCGUCCAGAUGCCUGACGACUCCAUUGUCUGCAACAUCGGACACUUUGACAUCGAGAUCGACGUUGACUGGCUGAAUGCGAACGCCAAGCAGAAGGUGAACGUGAAGCCGCAAGUGGAUCGCUAUACCAUGGAAAGCGGCAAGCACAUCAUCCUUCUGGCCGAGGGUCGUCUGGUUAACCUGGGCUGCGCCCACGGACACCCCAGCUUCGUCAUGUCCAACUCCUUCACCAACCAAGUGCUUGCCCAGAUCGAACUGUUCACCAAGUCCGACAAGUACGCCGUCGGUGUCCACGUUCUGCCCAAGAUCCUCGACGAGGAGGUGGCCAGCCUACAUCUGGAGAAGCUGGGCGUGAAGCUCACCAAGCUGACGGACAAGCAGGCCAGCUAUCUGGGAGUCUCGCAGGCCGGCCCCUUCAAGCCCGAUCACUACCGGUACUGAGUGCCCACACCGAUCUCCGCACCCGCACCCAGUGGCUGCGGAGCCGGCUUUGGUUACCUACUAGUUAUAUCUAUUGUUGGCACAUUUCACUGUUCCCCUAAGCUCCAAUAAAAAAAACACCUCACGUACUCUUAUCGAGAGAAAAAACCACAACA